CAUAGCAGGUUUCCUUUGAAGUGGAAGAUGCAUUGAAUCAGCCAUUUGAAGAUGGUUCAUUCGAUUUAAUUUGGUGCAUUGAAUGUGCAGAUCACAUAAGCGACAAAACAAAGUUUGUUCAUGAGUUGAAUCGGGUGGCUGCCCCUGGUGCUACUAUCAUUUUAGUUACUUGGUGUCAUAGGGAUCUUUCGCCCCUUGAACAAGAUUUGCAUCCGGAUGAGAAAAAGUUACUGACCCAAGUGGUGAGCGGAAGUCGUGCUAAGUGGAUUUCUGCUGCUGAUUAUAUGAAUUUAUUCAAGUCAUGCUCUUUUCAGGAGAUCAAGUAUGCAGACUGGUCUCCACACGUUGCUCCACAUUAUGCAGAAAUGAGGAAGAUAACGUUGUCAUGGAAGGGAAUCAUGUCGUAUGUUAGACAUGUUGGAUGGAGGCAAAUGAGCAUCAAGUUUCUGAUGAUGCCGUCAGUGUUCGACACAUUCAAAAAUGGUCUGCUUAAGUAUUGCAUUCUUACGUGCCAGAAGCCUCAGUAGUUCAGUUCCAGUGAUGUUUAAUGUCCAUGCAUAAAUAUCACUCCACAGUCGAUAGUUCCUUGUUUUUCUUUCUCAAAAGCUAAUUUGUACUUGUAUUGUUCCUCAAAACGUGAGAAUCUUUCUGAUUUUGAGAUUUACCAUUAGAAUUUUCCUUUUUUUUUUC